AUGUCUGUAACGCACAAUGAGUGUGUUCAUGGAUGCAACUAUAGCGAAGACGAAAUACAUGUCUUCUUUCUGUGUGAAGUGGCUCGGCAGAUUUGGCUGGCGAGUCCCUGGGGCUUAAGGUGGGAAGCCCUGCGGCUCAAUGACCUCAUGUCCUUCCUCCACUGUCUGUUCAACCCAACAGACUUGAUUCCCAUACAUGAGGAUGAUAAAGAGACAUUCCUCUUCUUUGGCGCCACCAUGCUAGAAUAUUUAUGGAAAAUCAGGAAUACAAGUUACCAUGCAAUAGAGUCUCCAUAUGUGCAAUUAACUCCCGAUUUGAUACGCAAAAAGGUCAAUGAGAUGAUCGACGCAACAAAACGGGAUGCUAGUGCUAGCCACAGUCCGGAGGUGUCCGACAGACACAUCCGUCUUUCUUGGAGAAAACCGACAGCCGGUUUUAUCAAAGUAAAUUCAUAUGCAACGAUGAGAUCCAAUGGUUGCUUCCUAGCCAUAAUUGCCAGGAAUGAAGAAGGAAAAGUCCUGUCAAUACACUCCUUCAAAUCGAAAGUCUCCAUCCCUGAAGUAGCCGAGUUAGAAGCUAUUGCAAAAGCCAUGCACAGAGCCCAGGUUCAUGGGUGGACAAAGAUGAUUUUUGAAACCGAUGCCCAGACAGUCAUUAAAGCACUCCACAUGAAAGAUAGAUCCCUUAUUCAAUGGGCUUCAGAAAGCCUUUUCUCAAAUAUUAUGCUUAAUAUUUCCAGUUUCCAAAUUGUAAAAUUCAGUUGGGCUCCUAGAAUAGCAAACAACUUGGCCCAUAAUGUUAGCAAAUGGUCGGCAACUUAUUAUGUAGUAGGUCCUAUAGACCUAAUUUGGUUGCCUAGUGUGUGUACUGAGACAGUGAUCCAGAAAAGUGCACCUGAGGAAGCUCCCUGGAUCCAACUUUAA